AUGGCCGACACCGACCUCGAAGCAAUCCGCGCCGCGCGCCUCCAACAACUCCAAUCCCAACAAGGCGGCGCCGGCCCACCACAAGGCGCACAAGGAGGAGGAAGUCAAGAAGAACAACAAAAACAACGCGAAUCCGAAGCCCGCGCCUCCAUCCUCUCUCAAAUCCUCGAACCCCUCGCCGCGGACCGCCUAUCGCGCAUCCGCAUGGUCAACGCCCGGCGCGCCGAAGAUGUGGAGAACCGACUCAUAAUGCUGGCGCGGAGUGGACAGUUAAGGGCCAAAGUAAGUGAGGAGCAGUUGAAGGGGAUUUUGACGGCGGUUGCGGAGCAGGCGGAGAGUGGUGGUGGUGGAGGAGGAGGGGCUGGGAAGGUGGAGGUCAAGAGGCGGGGUGGGAAGGGUUGGGAUGAUGAUGAUUUGGAUGAUUUGUUGAAUGAGGAUUAG